ACGAGACAACCCACCCGUUGUUGCGGCACUCUGAAGAUAUAGUACUAGGAGGAGAAGGGGUACUUAGAGAGUAGAGAGAGAACAAAACUAAACAGAGAAAGAAAGAAAUGAAGUAGAUGUUGAUGGGAUCGCACCAGCAACGACUACAGCGACGACAUCAGCAGCAGCAGCAAAAUCCCAACCAUCACUAACUGAACCCCAAAUUACAUCAAUUAGAGUGAGACAUCAUCCCCCAAACCCCCAUUUUCCUCUUUGCUCUUCCUCAUCUCAUCUCAUCCCUUCGCAUCUGUGUUUGUUGUGCUACUGCUACUAUUCAUAUUCCAUCAACCAUCCCAUUCUACUCCCAUCUCAUGUCUCCAGAUCUGUAUUUCCCUCAGGUUUCACCCUUCUCCUUCCUCUAAUUGCUACUAUUUCAGGGUUAUCAAAUUUAGGCAGUUUCUCCUCGAAUUAUUUCUCGCUGAUUUGCAUUCCUGGACUGCCCAGAGCUCAGAAUGACUCGGUUGAAGCUUUAACGGUGGAAGGGGAAAAUAUACAAAAGGAAACCCUAGUGGAGUUGUUACUUCUUGGUCUGAAAACGAAAUGCCAAUCCUAGCUGUUGACUUGCUGCUGACUUGCGGUUCUUUGCCCUAGCUGUUGCUCGCUUCACGUUUGCAAUAUCUAUUUGUAUUUCAGAGCCACACAUAACAGCUGCUACAGAACUUGUGCUUCAUAAGUGCAUGAUAAGAACUCGGGAUGGGUUCUAGAUUUCCAUCUCAUCAGCUGAGCAAUGGCUUGUAUGUAUCUGGCCGGCCUGAGCAGCCGAAAGAGCGGACACCAACCAUGAGCUCUGUGGCCAUGCCAUACACUGGUGGUGAUAUCAAGAAGUCUGGAGAGCUUGGAAAGAUGUUUGAUAUUCCUGUUGAUGGCUCUAAGUCACGGAAAUCUGGACCUGUAACCAAUGCUCCUUCAAGGACUGGAUCAUUUGCUGGAGCUGCCUCACAUUCAGGACCAAUCAAUCCUAAUACUGCUGCUAGAGCCAGCUAUUCCACCUCUGGUCCAGUAUCAUCUGCAGGAGCAUCUGGUUCAGCAUCAAUGAAGAAAUCAAAUUCUGGGCCUUUGAGUAAACAUGGGGAACCUAUAAAAAAAUCAUCUGGCCCACAAUCUGGUGGGGUCACCCCCCUUGCCCGCCAAAAUUCCGGUCCACUCGCUCCAGUUCUUCCUACAACAGGACUAAUUACUUCCGGUCCAAUCUCUUCUGGUCCGUUGAAUUCAUCUGGUGCCCCACGUAAGGUCUCUGGUCCUUUGGACUCAAUGGGGUCAGUCAAAGUACAUGGUCCUUCUGUUGCUAACAACCCAGCUGUGACUACUCUUAGUCAAGAAGAUGACUAUUCCUUCAAGAGGAAUUUUCCAAAGCCUAUCCUGUGGGCAAUGAUCUUGCUGUUCAUCAUGGGUUUCAUUGCUGGUGGCUUUAUCCUUGGAGCCGUGCACAAUGCUAUUUUGCUCAUUGUUGUUGUUGUUCUCUUCGCCAUUGUUGCGGCGUUAUUCCUUUGGAAUUCUUGUUGGGGGAAAAGAGCUAUAAUUGGUUUCAUUGCCAAUUAUCCUGAUGCCGAAUUGAGAACUGCAAAGAAUGGGCAAUAUGUCAAGGUUUCAGGGGUGGUGACUUGUGGAAAUGUACCCCUGGAAUCAUCCUUCCAAAAGGUGCCAAGAUGUGUCUAUACUUCUACAAGUUUAUAUGAGUAUCGAGGUUGGGACUCAAAAGCUGCAAAUCCUACCCAUCGUCGUUUUACGUGGGGGCUUAGGUCAUCAGAAAGGCACGUUGUUGACUUCUACAUCUCUGAUUUUCAGUCUGGUUUGAGAGCUUUAGUUAAGACAGGCUAUGGUGCUAGGGUGACUCCUUAUGUGCAGGAAUCUGUCGUUGUUGAAGUCAAUCCUUUGAACAAGGAGCUGUCUCCUGAUUUUAUCAGAUGGUUGGGGGAUAGGAAUCUUUCGAGCGAUAAUCGAGUGAUGCGGUUGAAGGAAGGGUACAUUAAAGAAGGGAGCACGGUGAGUGUGAUGGGAGUUGUGCAGAGAAACGAGAAUGUGCUGAUGAUAGUUCCGCCUCCAGAGCCGUUCACAACAGGAUGCCAGUGGAGCAAGUGUAUCUUUCCGGCAAGCUUAGAGGGUGUGGUGUUGAGCUGCGAAGACGCAUCAAAGAUAGAUGUGAUCCCAGUAUAAUUAAGUGGAUUUGGUUUCGUUUCUUAAUGACAUCGACUGGUUUUGGGUAAUUUGCUUUGUGAAGGUUUGUUGUCUUGCAAUAUAGGUAGUGGUUGUAGAGGAGUGCAAAAAUAUAGUGGUUGAUUGAGCUGUCGUUAGUUUGUGCAUGGUUUUUCUUCUCUCUGCUUUUUUUUUUUUAAUUGUUAAAUCCUUUGAGUAAGGGGGGUCUCAUUUUAUUAAUUUCUUAUACUAGCAUGAAAUGAAAGGUUUUGUACCGGAAUGGUUUAUAUAUAGUAGCAAUUGGAAAACUUGAUGCUGUAUA